UUUUAUGGAAUUUUUAAAGUUAUUUUAAAGAAUAGUUACUGUUAUUUUUACUCUAUAUUAAUAAAUAUAUAUAAAAUAUAAUAUAUAAACAAUAUAUAUGAAAAAGAGAAAAAUGUGACGAAAAAUAAUAAAAAAUUAUUGUUGAAAUUAUUUUAGAUAAUUUUAACAUUUGACAAAAAAAGUUUACCAUUUAUCUCUACAUUGCGUAAAAGUUUGUACAUGUACUUUAUAAAAAAUGAAACAUUUAACUGAAGAAAAAACAAAACUUGUUUUAGAAAAAUUAACAAAAUAUAUUGGAAGCAAUGUAAAAUUAUUACUUGAUCGACCAGAUGGUGUUUAUUGUUUUCGAGAAAAGAAAGGCAGAGUAUAUUAUGUUUCUGAAAAAAUUUUAUCAUUAACAAGUAUGGUAAAUCCAGAACGAUUAACAAGUAUUGGCACAUGUUUUGGAAAAUUUACGAAAUCUGAAAAAUUUAGAUUACAUAUUACUGCAUUAUAUCAUUUGGCUCCUUAUGCACAAUAUAAAAUUUGGUUGAAACCAUCAGCUGAACAACAAUUUUUAUAUGGACAUCAUAUUUCUAAAUCUGGUUUAAAUCGAAUUACAGAAAAUACACCUCAAUAUCAAGGAGUUGUUAUUUUUUCCACAAAUGAUAUACCAUUAGGUUUUGGUGUCACAGCUAAAAGUACAAUAGAUUGCAAAUAUGCAGAUCCAAUGGCAACAAUAUGUUUUCAUCAAGCUGAUAUAGGAGAAUAUAUUCGAUCAGAAGAAUCUUUAAUGUAAAAAUCUUAUAAAAAUAUUUAUCAUAUUUAUUUUCUAAUAUUAAAUAAAUAUGUAUAUUUAAAGA